CAAAGCUUUGAAACAAAUAGAAAAUCAAAGCUUCAUCAACCAUUGAAUACACUAUAUUUGUCUGUUUCAUUUUCCCUCUCAGGUUUUUUCUUUAUAUUGAUUUCUAUACUUCCUAAUUGGCUUUGGUAUGGCUACUUACAAGCCUAGGAACAUCCUGAUUACCGGGGCUGCUGGGUUUAUUGGAUGUCAUGUUGCGAAUCGACUCGUUCGGAACUACCCGGAUUACAAGAUUGUCGUUCUGGAUAAGCUCGAUUAUUGCUCGAACUUGAAAAACCUCAACCCAUCCAAGUCAUCUCCAAACUUUAAGUUUGUGGCAGGGGACAUCGGCAGUGCUGAUCUUGUUAAUUACCUCCUCUUCACGGAGUCUAUUGACACGAUAAUGCACUUUGCGGCCCAAACUCAUGUCGAUAUCUCGUUUGGGAACAGCUUUGAGUUCACCAAGAACAAUAUCUAUGGUACUCAUGUCUUGCUUGAAGCUUGCAAAGUCACUGGCCAGAUCAGGAGGUUCAUUCAUGUGAGCACUGAUGAGGUUUACGGGGAAACAGAGGAGGAUGCUGUUGUGGGAAACCAUGAGGCUUCCCAACUUCUCCCCUCAAACCCGUACUCCGCGACGAAAGCAGGUGCUGAAAUGCUGGUUAUGGCAUACGGUAGAUCAUAUGGAUUGCCUGUGAUUACGACUCGGGGAAACAACGUUUAUGGCCCGAACCAGUUCCCCGAGAAACUAAUUCCGAAGUUUAUCCUAUUAGCAAUGAGGGGGAAGGCUCUUCCGAUUCACGGGGACGGUUCGCAUGUGAGGAGUUAUUUAUACUGCGAGGAUGUAGCCGAGGCAUUUGAAGUCAUCCUCCAUAAGGGCGAAGUUGGCCAUGUUUAUAACAUUGGGACAAAGAAGGAAAGGAGAGUGAUCGAUGUAGCCAAAGAUGUAUGCAAGCUUGUCUCGAUGGAUCCGGAGACAAGCAUCGAGUUCGUCGAGAACCGACCAUUCAAUGACCAGAGGUAUUUUCUCGAUGAUCAGAAACUGAAAAACUUGGGAUGGUCCGAACAAAUUUUAUGGGAAGAUGGGUUGAAGAAGACCAUGGAUUGGUACACCAAACAUCCCGAUUGGUGGGGCGAUGUGUCCGGCGCAUUGCUCCCUCACCCGAGAAUGUUGAUGAUGCCCGGCGGACGAAACGCCGAUUCUGAAGAACCAAAUGGUACAACAACCCCUGUAAAGGGUCCUAAGUUGCCUAAUAGCAGUUCCAACCUCUAAAUGCAAUGACUCUCCCCUAACUAUUCACAC